AUCACUUGUCAUUCCUCCUUUCUUCGGAAUCACUUGUUUGGGCUUACCCAUUUACUGCUGAGAUGGGGUAAAUGAUCCAUGCAUCCGAUAAUGUGAUAAUCUCUACUUUGACCGCUUCCACUAUAUUGGGAUUUUGGCGUCUUUGAGGUUGAAUGAGCGGUUUGCUAGUGUCUUCGAGCUUAAUCUUGUGAAUGCAAAAUGAUGGACUGAUACCCUGAAUAUCGGUUAUCUUCCAUGCUAUAGCCUUCUCAUGCUUCUUCAAAAGUUGAAUAAAUAAUGUAUUCUGUUCCGAGCUUAGACGAGCAUUGAUUAUCGGGAAGCUUUAAGUCUUCUCUCAAGAAGGCGUAUUCAAGAUGCUCAAAUAAAGGCUUGACCUCCAGGGUCGGUGGUUCCUCAAUGGAUGGUGCAAUUUGUGGGGAUCUUGUGUAACUUCUCCACCUAUAAUUGAGGUUACCCUUUUAUUCCUUCAUCCAGAACAUUAAGAUGCUUGUCCAGAUUCAAUUCAAGUGCCGCUUCAUUACAUAGCACAAGACACUGCUCAAUAGGAUCAUGAGAAUUGUGACAAGUGAAACUGUAAACAUCAUGCAAUUCAUUCAAGGAUUCUGAGUAAACUUAAUCAUCAUAAACUUUAGGGCACUUCAUGUUAUCAUUGAUUGAGAAUGUGACAUCCUCUCCCCUCACACAUAGAGUUAAUUUUCCAUUUUGAACAUCUAUAAGGGAUUUAGCAGUUGCUAGGAAGGGUCUUCCUAAGAUAAGUGAUUCAGGUCCAAUUGUACACAUUUUAUCCCUCAUACCUUGAUCGUUUGGCUUUGCAUUUCAUCGUACAUCGACAUAUUUCACGCUAGGUUGUGCUUGUUUUUAUACAUUUCAGGUCCUAGCACGCGUGAAAAGGGUCGAGGACGAGUUUUGGGACGAUUGGAGGUUGAAAAGCGCAAAAAGAUCGAAGAAAAGUCCAAAGUCACUGUUUGGACGCUGUAGACAUCACCUUUUGUCCGGGUUAAAACGUAAUUGACAAAAUAAAUUUAGUUCCACUUUAAGGUUUGCAAUAGCAAAUCUUGAAUAACCUCUAGCUAAAACGAAAUUUGUAAUACCUGGGUUGGAUUUUGUUUGCCAUAAGUCAAUGAGAUUAGCAAUAGCAAAUCCCUGACGAGUUGACAUGUUUUGACAAAGUAGGCUUCAGUUCGAUUUUGGUUACCAUGCGAGUUAAUCGAUUCUUUAAGAUGUUGGAUUGGACCUCGAUUUCUUGAAUAUAAAAGAAAUUCAUAACAAUUUUAUUAAGAUAAAUAGAGUACUAAAUAGCCACAAUCAAGAUUACAAUACAUGAUAAUUACAAAUUAUUACAUUGCUAAACUACUAUUACAAAACACUAAUUACAUCACAAACUCAAAUGGCAGAUCUGACCCAAACCUAAUCUGACUGACCAGACAGGUUGAACCAGAAUGGCCCGACCAGACCCAUACACCACCGCCUCUAUUUCCCUAUAAAAGGACGCCUACUCUUCCUCUAAAAUGGGAGAGACUAGAGAGGAAUAACAGCCACUCAUCCUCAUCUUCUUCUUCUUCAUCUUCCCUUUCUUUUCCUGACAAAAAGACAGCAAAGAGAAACACAGAACCCAUCUUUCUUCUUUCCUUCAUCUGAUACGAGAAACCCCAACCACUUCCUACUUUUUCCUCUUCCCUCUCCUCCUUACAAUACACAUACAGUUUCUAAAGAGAGAGAACACUGAAAGAUAGCAGACCCCUCUUUUUCUUCUUUCCUUCUAAAGAAGAGAUUUCUUAAGAAAUCUGUGAGGAAACCUGUUUCUUUUCCAUACAAACGACAUAGAGAAAUAAAAAAAAGAACCGUAAAAGGCCAUCAGCAGAAGUUGGCAGCAAAAAGAAGGCGCCAACACCAACAGUAAGAUCUAGUGUUUAUAUACUCAGUUUCAUCGUCCAUGUAUUUUCAUCAAAACUUUUGACUGUUUUUCUUGUGCUGCCCUGUUUGUUCAAUCAUCCAUGUAUUCUCAACUUGACAAAACACAAAUUUUAGAGAUUGCAGUAAACAAACAAAAAGACCCAACCUAGAAAGGUAUUUUAAGAUGCUUUUCUUUUGUUUUAUUCCAAUUUCCAAGGUCUUUUAAGAUGCUUUUCCUGUUUCUUCUCGACAAAAAUCAGAAACCAUACACAAACAUACAACUUUCAAGAACUAAAUAUACUAUUACUACAAGCUGAUUUCCACGGAUCUUUCCGUCACACAAAAACCCACUUUAGCAAGCAUAAUCUGACAACCAAUUUCCAGAUUAUCAAACUCCCCAAAAGUAGCCAUAUUCAUCUCAAAAUACAGAUUUAUAAACCAGUUCCAAAACUAUUUCAACCAAGAGGCUAUCAUGAACAAUAAACCAAUUCUCAGGUUCAAACCAACCACAAACACACAACCACGACAUACAAACUUCCACAUAUAAGCCACCUAUUAACCACAUUUCAAACCUAUAACCAUCACACAAAUACAACCUUCCACAACCUGCCGCCAAAACAUCACAGAAUACCAUUUCCAAAUCGCCAACCAAAUACAAAUACCAUAAUGCUAGAACACAAAAUCGCAACCCUCAUCCUAAAAACACAGAUUCCGAAUCUUACCCAUGUUAAGCAAACAAAAUCAGAAUCUUGAGCUAUGUAAAAAAGAAUCGUAUAUCAGAGUCUAAGCCAAAAUCAGAGGAUAUCAGCUUCCUUAAUCUCCUCUCUGAGAAACCUGUACCAAAACCGCAAGUCAUAAUCUGUGAAAAAAAAAAACAAUAAAUCUGAAUCUUAAGGAGAAUCUAUAAGAUCUUACCGAAAAAUUCCCCUCUGUUUAAAUCGUUGCCUUCACCGCCGGCGAGACAUCAGAUCGCCGCCGGCGGUGACUAAUCCUUUCCCCGGCGACCCUUCUUCCCCUACGUCAAAACCCAGAAAUAUUAAAUAACAUUUCAUCAGAACCCUAAACAAACCAAAAACCCCCAAAAACUAGAAUCAAAUUAAAAUGGGGUAACUUACCUCAUUCUUCCGCCGCUAGCCUUGCUGCCGUCGUCGCCGGUACGGCCUACUGCUCACCUCCUAUCGAUCCAGGCUGAAACUUCCCAAAAAAAGAGCACACAAGAACAAAACCGAAUCAAAAUCUCCUCGCCCAGAAUCGAACCCAACAAGCAAAACCCAAAAAAACCGGCAUGCAAAUCUAUAGGCGGCGACACCUUACCUUUAUUGUCGUCAUCGCCACCAUCGCCGGCGACAACGGUCGUUUUCCGGGUCUUCGUAUCUUUCUUUUUCUCCCCGUCAUUAUCAGAAAGGAAGGAGGAGAUGAGAGGGAGAUCAAGAGAUUGAGAGGGAAAAUUAGAUCGUUGUUCGAUCUAGAAGAAGAUGGAGUCCGGGAGGCAGAGAGGGACGAGCAUUCGUUCCUUUUGUUGUUCUGUGUUUGUCUCAGCAGCAAGGAAAAAGAAUGAAAAAACGAGAGAAGAGAAGGAGAGAGCGGCUUGUUGAAAUUAAAAUAAAGUUUAAUUAUUGAAAUAAAGCUGAAAUAUCAGAAAAGCCUAGAAGGGUAGGUUUGAAUUUAAUUAGGUAGUUGCAUGAUUGUUGAAAAAAAAAAAAAAAGUAGAACCACAAAAGCAAGUCGAUUUAGUGAAGAUCUCUUGUAUUCUAAAGCCUAUAAAUAGACUGUCUUGUAAUCGGCAAAGAGCAGAACCAAGUAGCAAAAUAAUAAAGAAGAAGUUCCCAUUCUCCUCUCUCAAAAUCCCUCUGCAAACUUUUGUCCCAAUUAAAAAUUCCUCUUCCAUUCUUUCUCAAUAAUGAGCAUUCCCCCACAAAAAAGCCCACCAUUAGUCUUGUGAAUUAUAAGGAAAUAAAUUAUUUUAUUUCUAACACGGCUAGGGUUCUUCAAAAACGAGUUUAUAUACCCGUUAUGAUAAAAUGACCUAAGUACCCAUAAGGUUUUCUUAAUAAUAACCCUCCUUGUCACCCCCUCUGCAAAACACCUACUCUGUUUGACAACGAGGGAUACAAAUUCGAGGAGGGUGCAAAUUGAGAUACAAAUUGUAGAGAGCAAAUUUAAGGGAGGUGUAAAUUGGAGUGCAAAUUGUUGUUUGAAAGAAAAAGCGAGGGUGCAAAAUGAGAGAUAAAAUAUGAAUUUUAAUUUAAUAAUAAUUAUAAUUAUUACAAAGAUAAAUAAAAAAGAGAUUUGUGACCCACUUUUUUCUCCACUUCCCCUACCUGGACCCACUUCCUUCCUUCUCCUUUCCCCUAGUCGGCCCCACUUCCUCUCUCUUGUGGGGUGCAAAUGAGCCGAGUUGCUCGCGAGCUGCUCGGCAUUCGACUCGAGAAAAGCUCGUUCGAAACUCGACUCGUUAAUAAACGAGCCGAACAAGAGCUCACCUUUGUUCAGUUCGUGAAGCUCACAAGCUAGCUCGACUUGGUGGCUUGUUGAGCUAAACUCGUGAGCUGGCUCGUUUAGAGCUCAUGAUAUGUCUUAACAUGUGGCUAGAGAACCAACUCGAUUACCAACUUAUGGACGAAUCAAUCUAUAUCUUAUGAUUUUAAUUCAUAUGGUUGUUAAUUUAUAUAUCUCACCAUAUAUAAAGUUUUGCACGUUGAGUAUGUGAGCAAAUAUAUCUUAUUUUCUACUUUAAAAAAAAGUUAUGCAUCAUAGAUUGCUUCGAUACAAUGAAAUAACAUGAUUUGGAGUAGUUAAAAUUUAUUAACUAAACGAUAUAUGAUACCAACAAAGUAUAAAGUAUAAGAUGAGAUUAACUAACAAAAUAAAUCAUAUGUAUCAUGAUAUACAAAAUGAAGUACCAAAUAAAAGUUAAGAUUUUAAUAAACAAGCUAGCUCGAACUCGACUCGACUCGUUAAUAAAUGAGGUGAGCUCGAGCUCGACUCGUUUAUUAACGAUCCGAGCUCAAACUGGAGUAAAACUUGACUCGACUUGGCUCAUUUGCAGCCCUACGUCCUUACCCUUCAAAAUUCUUGACCCCACUUCCUCUCUCCUCCCUCGUUACCCUUCAAAAUUCUUGACUCCACCUGACCACUUCUUCUCCCUUCCUCAUUCGCACUUUACGUCCCAAUUUGGGGUGCAAGGCAAAAUAGUGGUUUUGUACCCCUAUUUACUCACUUCUAUCCUCUAGAAAAUUAUCCAAACAUGAGCAUUUUUAUUGGGUUAUGUAAGACAAAAUAGUGGUUUUGUACCCCUAUUUACUCCCUUCUAUCCUGUAGAAAAUUACCCAAACAUGAGCAUUUUUAUUAGGUUCUGUAUUUACCCCUCAUGAUUUACGCCCCCCUCUUAUUUGCACCCCAAACCAAACAGGGUGCUAAAAAAAACACUAUCGGGUAACCCCUAUUUACUCCCUUCUAUCAUGUAGAAAAAUAUCCAAACAUGAGCAUUUUUAUUGGGUUCUGUUAGAGGUGGCAAAUGGAUUGGAUUGGUGGAUUGGAUUGAUGGAUCCAUGGAUCAAAUGGAUUGGAUCUAAUGGAUUAGUGGAUUCAUGGAUUGGAUCAAGUGGAUUGGUGGAUUAUCCAUGAAUCCAAAUGAUAUCCUCAACCAAAGACCAAUAUGUAAAAUAUAAAAAGUUAAGGUACUAAAAUGUCAUAAUGAAAAAUUUUAGGUACCGAAACGUAAUUUUUCAAUGAUAUUUUUCGUAUAAAAAUUAAUUUUUAGGUACCAAAAUGUAAAAAAUAAAAAUUAUAGGUACUAAACCGUAAUUUGCCAAUGAUCCAUGGAUCCAAUCCAUGAAUCCACCAAUCCAAUUGGAUUUGGAUAAAAUGGAUUGGAUUAGGUGGAUAUUUUUAAUGGAUUGAUGGAUUGGAUUGGAUUGAAAUUGCCACCUCUAGAUUCUGUAUUUACCCCUCAUAAUUUACGCCCCCUCUUAUUUGCACCCCAAACCAAACUGGGUGCACCCCAAACCAAACUGGGUGCUAAAAAAAACACUAUCGGGUAACUCAAACCCGAGACCUAUGGGCUAUGGCUCACAUCAAACACACGGUAAACAGCUUGACCACUCGGGCUACACCGUGGUUCUUGCUAUAUUAAUUGCUUAUAUUAUUUUACAGUAACUUAAUACACAAAAUUUAUAUCAACCGAUCAUGUUAAGACUUCUUUGCAUCCCUACAGUUGAAUGAAAUAUGAAGGACUUAUAUAGCUAUAACAGACUAAUGGCCAUAAUGUAAAUAAAAAUAAUAUGAUAGUUUUGGUACUUGCGUGGACUCAUACAAGUAUCAAUCGUCGAGCUGUCUACUGAUCAGCUUGCCUCACUUGCCAGCUCAACGAUGCGUGCAAAUUAUUUUUCCCUUCAGCGAUCAAUGGAAGAUCGCUAUAGACCUAAGCGAUCAAUGUGCAUAUCUCUUGAGUGUGCAAUGAUCAAGGUUAAAAUAGUGGAGAUUGAGAAUUUGGUAUAAAACUAGUGUAGUGUAGAUUGAUUCCCCUCCGCGAAGUACUAGCAUACUUUGAGGAAAAUAUGUUAUUUUAAUACAAAGGUCUCUCAAAUUGCACAGAUAGAUUUGCCACAAAUAAGCUAACACAUCUAUAAUGUGUUAACGAUUCUAAAAUUGGAUUAAAAGACAACUUCAACAUAACCUAUAUUAUAUACAUAUAAUAUCACAAGAUAUACUAUUCCCUCACAAAUAUGCUUGUAUAAAUACAUUUUUAAACACUAGGACAAUAAUUGUACAAUGGUUGGAUCGGAUAUCUAUGGAUAUCAUAAUCCAAAGCCCACACCUAAUCCACAAAGCCCACACCUAAUCCAAGAGAGGUGAGUUCUGCAAAUGAACACUCUUAUUCAAC